GAAACUAGUGGCUUUGCUCUUCUGCUCUUGCGUCACUCGACGUGGAGCUCCGGCGAGCGCGAGAAAAAUCACAUGGCCUUGCACCACUCGGGUCCCGCUACCUCUGCACUGACCACCGGCCACCGCGGCAGUAGCGCCGCCGCCACCGCCGUCCUCCUCCGGCCAACGACAGAGUCUCGCAGCCGUCUCCGGUUGCACGCGCGGAAGCCAGCAGCUGAGUCCCGUGCCGCGGGAGCCGAUACCGACACGUCCUCCCGCUCGGAGAACGCCGUGCUCAAGGCCGCCUGGUACGGCUCUGAGCUCCUCGGCAUCGCCGCGUCGCUGCUCCGGCCGGCGCCGUCUUCUACGGAGGGGGACGCUGGCGGUGAUGCGAAGGGAGGCGCGGCGGUGUCCCUGGACCACGCGGGAGUGGUCGAGGCAAUCAAGGAUGACUUUGAGCGGUCGUACUUCGUCACAGGGAAUCUCACGCUGAGGGCUUACGAGGAGGACUGCGAGUUCGCCGAUCCAGCGGGUUCGUUCAGAGGCCUGCGGCGCUUCAAACGGAACUGCACCAACUUUGGGUCUCUGCUGGAGAAGUCCAACAUGGAGCUCACCAAAUGGGAGGACCUGGAAGAUAAAUCAAUUGGGCACUGGCGUUUCAGCUGCGUCAUGUCGUUCCCGUGGAGGCCUAUUCUGUCAGCAACCGGAUACACGGAAUACUACUUCGAUGCUGAAUCAGGGAAAGUGUGCAGGCAUGUCGAGAACUGGAACGUUCCCAAGAUGGCGCUCCUGCGGCAGAUUUUCAGGCCAAGCCGAUGGAUCUGGGAGAAGCGCGCUGGCUAAAGCCUCAUGGCAAAUGCGUUCACCCGUGUAGGGAUCACAACAGUAUGUUUAUGCUCCAAAAAUGUACCGUACGUACGUAGAGCUGUAAAAUACACUAGGGAUCAUAUCGCAUGUGCCAAAUUACAAAUGUUAGUAACUUAGGAAAAACAAAUUUACAUAUCGGACUUAUAUGAUCGGGGGAAGUUGGCUACCUCUGUGCCUCUGGGCCUGCAAGUGAAGCAGGAUUUUAAGAGUUUAGGCCCA